AUGAAGAAGAAAGCUCCAUUCCUCGGCGUGCUGGCCAGCGCCUUGCUCGCCGCGCUCCUCUUGCUUAGCCCCACCUCGGCCUACCAGCCCAAUGCGCCCUACUACGGUGCCGGCCGCCGCAUUCGCAUGGACUCUCUCAAGACUCUCACGUUCUACUCGGACAAGCGCACCGCCUAUCGGCGCACAUCUCCACUCCCGCAACUCACAUGCGUGGGGUCUCCCUGCCAGCGCUACCAGCCGGACGUGGUGCAGUGCCAGUCGAUGGGCAACGAGCAGUGGAAGUGCCACGCCGACCUGCCACGCACCAUGCGCAUGGGUCGCGUCGAGGUCUCCUGCGAAGGGUACGACUACAGCGACGACCCGUGGGUGCUCAAGGACAGCUGUGCGUUGGAGUACACCCUCCUGCCGAGUGGUGUGGGCGCAGACGACCCAUGGCGCAGCUACACACCCAACGGGAGAUCGAGGUGGGGAGAGGCGCUAGUUGAAGGGCUGUUCUGGAUCGUGUUCCUGGGCAUACUCGCCUUCAUCGUCAUCGGACUUGUCAGAGCCAUCAGGGGAGAUAGCGGGGCAAACACCGGUGGAGGAAGAGGAGGUGGCGGCGGAGGCGGAGGCUGGUGGCCAGGAACAGGCCCAUACAACCCACCACCACCAUACACACCCAAACCCGACCCCGACUCGAGCUCGUCAGGAUGGAGACCAGGCUUCUGGACAGGCCUCGGCGUGGGCGGUCUCGCCGGCCACGCUGCCGCCAACUCGCGCCACAGACACUACGAGCCACCACAAGCGAGCUUCAAUCUUGGAUAUGGCGGCGGCGCAAGAAGAAGAGGCUGGGACGACGAUGACAGGGGAGUUGGCUCAAGCUCAUCUUUCGGCGGUAUGAGGGAAACCACGGGCUUUGGAGGCACUCGAAAUCGAUGA